AUGAAGUGUUUACUCAGCACCUUAAUAUUGAUAUUCGCACGAACCAGUUUACUCAGAACAGUCACUCGCAAACUAUGGAGCGUCUUUUUAGGAACACCGAUGAUGUCUUGCCCACCAACUAUGCCUUUCAACAUGAUGAUGCCGUAUGGAAUGGUGGGAGGUUGUGGCUGUGGGUGUAGUUUUUGGGGCGCGUGGUGUUGGCAGCAACUCAUAAUGCAGCAGAGGGAAAUACACCAGUUUAGGGAACAGCUGAGUCAUUUGGAGGAACGUUGGCGGGCUGAAACAGCCUCGCACACUCUCAACAAUCAGGUGCCACCUGGUAACCGCGCUAAUAACUAUUGGGACAACUUCCGAAGUUAUUCACGUCAAAAUCUCCUCUCUGCUAAUAGCAAGACUAAUGCGGAUGGACAUUUAGGUACAGGAUCGGCUCACAACCCUCAUCCAUUAGUAGAAAGAUCUCAUAACACCUUAACUCAUGCGUCCUCAUCUACUUCACCUUCUAUUACUCCUAAAAGAAAUACAAAUACAACAAGUUCUUCGCAAGGGCCGGCAUCUCAACCGCCUACUCAAGUAAACAAUGAAGACAUACCAAAUAGACAUUCACGAAGAAAUGUCACAUAUGAAAGAUCUUUCUCAUUCUCAUCUGCCCCAGAUGUUUUAAAUGUAAAUCAAAACAAUGACACGGAAACGCACGGAAGUACAGCGACCCAUUCUAGGAACGUAGACGAGAAUACCGCAUCCAAUAUAAACAUCAAUCGCCAAGAAAGCACAACAAACUCGUUCAGAAACCUUAACAUUACGAAUCCUAUUCCCGAAAUAAUACAAUCGCAUUCGAAUAACUUAAACAAUUCUGCGAACAGUAAGAAAAAAUCGUCUUCUAAACUGCCCUCCAAGAAUUCAACAAACAGAAGAAACUGCUCUCUAGAUUUCUCCCAAACUAGUAACAUUAAUAUAGCAAGCACAUCCGAAACGCCUAAUCCUAAUUUAGCAUCAACUAGUCGUGAAGUUCAAGAAAAAGCUACAUCGAAACUAUUUGACCUUUUAAGAGAAAAUGUUUAUUCCGAAGUUACGACCUUGAUUGGCGUUAAUGAGUCUCAUCCAGAUUUUCUGAUACAGCUAUUUAGAGAGCUGCAACUGAUUAGUUCCGAUCCUUUAAGGCAAAAAGUUCUGCAGUCCAUUCGAAGUGUUCUGUCCCAAUAUAGUUCUAUUUUAGAGAAUCAAAAUAAUGAUAAUGAGGAUGAAUGUGAAGCCGAAGUAGUCACAACUACAUCUGGAGAAACAAAUAAUUUCCACGAUUGUACCUCGCACUCGCUACAAAAUGAUUGCACAACCGGAAUACAAAUUGAUAACAAAAUCGUACGCUUUUUGCUUAUAAAAAGCGAAGAGAUAUGCUCAUCUGAGUUGUUAGAGUCACUGGUGACACUCAUUCUUAGCAGUGCAGCAGACAGCAAGCAAUCAAAAAAGAGACUGCUAGAGUUGCUGUCGAAGUAUGAAGGCAUGCGAGUCUGUGACAUAUCCAGCGAUAUCAUUGAAAAUUUAUCACUCCUUAUUUCCGGGAACAGUGAAGGUGAUGAAUCUACUCACCUUACAAGUGAAAUAUCUGAAUCAUCUAUUCUACAAGAUGUUGCAGGUUCACUCAAUUUGUUUAGUUCAAGUGAAACUCAAUUGCACCAACUAAAUACAUGCCCGUAUGAAAUGUGGCCAGGACAUGUUCAUGUGGACAUAGAUGGUACAGAUCUGAAUGAAAAUUCUAGAUGUAGUCAAGAAGGAAAAGUCGAUCUCAUUAAUUGUUCGGAGAUGCACAAUGGUGAUUUGGCUGAAGCUGAUCAAACUUGCCAUGUGGAUGCGGGAGAUGGUGGUAUGAAUAGUAAUGAAGAGGGUUCAAACAAUGCUGAUGCUCUACCUGAUGUAGUGGACACUGAUGAAGCUACUCCUACAGAGGCAGAAGCAGAGUGGCUUGGGCUUGACCGUGUGCCAACAAGGCUGCAUAUGGAAGAAACAUCUGAAAAGCAAAAAAGGUGA